ACAGUAAGCAUGGCGGGAAGAGCUUCGAUCCGACCCUUGAACGCUCAAUAAAAAUGGCGACAGCACUUCCUGUACUUGCCCUCAACAAAGAUGGUGUCAACACUUCCUGUUUAGGGUUUUCGCCAUUAACAAAGAUGGUGCUUAUGGGGCAGGUUCCCUAACAGUCAGGAUUCCGGUUGCAGUUUUUCUCCCCCGCCCCAAAGAUACGUGGUUGCAGACGGAGAAAUGGAGGCCAGAGACAAACAAGUACUCCGCUCACUUCGCCUGGAGCUGGGUGCAGAGGUAUUGGUGGAGGGACUGGUUCUUCAGUACCUCUACCAGGAAGGAAUCUUGACGGAAAACCAUAUUCAAGAAAUCAAUGCUCAAACCACAGGCCUCCGGAAAACAAUGCUCCUGCUGGAUAUCCUACCUUCCAGGGGCCCUAAAGCAUUUGAUACAUUCCUAGAUUCCCUACAGGAGUUUCCCUGGGUCAGGGAGAAGCUGAAGAAGGCAAGGGAAGAGGCCAUGACCGACCUGCCUGCAGAGAUGAGGAAACUGAGGCCAAAGGAUUCUGUUACUUGCCUGGCUUCACAGCUCACCUGGAGAUUCUGAACUGGCAUCUUCCUCUCUCUGCCAUCACCCCAGACCCUAUCCUCUUUCCUCUACACCAGUGGUUCUCAACCAAAGGCGAUUUUGCCUUCCAGGGAACAUUUGACAAUGUCUGGAGGCGUUUUUGGUUGUCACAAUUCUGUGUAUGUGUGUGGGUAGACGGGGGGCAGGGGAUAAUGUUGGCAUCUAGUGAGUAGAUAACAGGGAUGCUGCUAAACCUACAAUGCUCAGAUGGCCCCUAACAAAGAAGUAUGUUGUCCAAAAUGUCAAUAGUGCAGAGGGUGAGAAGCCCUGGUCUAUACAGAGCUCAGCAGUCCAGAGCAAUUGCAACCUCUGGGAGUUGCCAAGAGCUCCUCUGCCCAGCAACAGGCUUGGCCUCUCUCCUGUGGCUGCCACAAGAGUUAAAGCCACUGUCUAGAAUGCCCUUUGGCAGUGGCCAAGUGUCCCCUGCAGAACUGACUGCGGGACAUGCGGUGCAUCAGCCGGAGCUGAUGUGUUUUAUAAUUUAUAGUCACAGGGCGCCUGUCUUCAUUUAGCAGCAGGCCUGCUGGCAGCUUCCCUGCCAGGGAGGAAGCAAGUUCCACAGAGGCCCACAGCCCCCGCCAGCUGACAGCCCGUGGUAUUUGGGGACGGCUGUUGCUCAGAGACACCUGGGAAUAGGCCGGGGCCGAGAUGGCGCUGAGCACUCGGUCUUCCCUUCAGACCCAUCCGUCAGCAGUGGUCCCUGCCAGAAGAUGGCCUAUUGAACAUUUCCAGAAAUAGCACAGCCAAGCCUGUCAACUGCUUUCUUGGAAAUACAUUCAAUAAGGAUGGCGGUCCUCCAGCAGGGAGAGCAGAAAGCCUGGCCUGGAUCAGUCUGCUGAGAAACAGCAAUGCCUGGCUACAGGCCAUGUCAGUGCCUUGGGAAAGGGGAGCAGUUCUCAUGGGACUUCCCAAGCCCUGCAGCCUCUGAAGUCACUUCAAAAUGUUCUCAGUAUGGAGGGAGAGAGUCACACCUUGCAGAAGGCCUUAGGCCCUGCCGACUUCUUCUAACUCGGUGACCUGCACAUCUUGCUGUGUUUGUUCAGACACCCCGCAGACAGGAAGGCGAUUCAGGCUUGGAAGCAAGGUAUUAACUGUCAGCAGAGAGAGACCUCUGCAUCAUCUGGGGAACGUUUAUUUGCAGUCCCUCCUCUUGUGAGCUUCACUCCCAAGUAGAACCAAAGGAGCAUCAGCAGGGGGAGUAUUUUCUUCCCCAAUCCUUCGGUCAUUCCUGAGAUACAGGAAAUACAAGGCAAAGAUGUCAUAUUGAAAGAAAAGCUUAUAAUUUCUACUCCUUCCCUCCCCACUUCCCACAGAAUUAACUUUCCCUUAACUUCCCUAACAGGGGCCUGACAUUGCGGUUUGAAUUCAGCCACCCUGGGAAUCUGCACCCUGAGCUUUCUCCAAUUUCUGGGAUGGCACAGUGAUGGCAGGGCUUAAGAGUGCCUUAAGAAGGCCAGCUGCCUUUAAAAACAAGCUCCUGGAAGAUGUAGGUGUCACAUAAAAGCAAGAGACCAAAAACUCUCUGCAAUUUGGGGUGUUCAGGAAAUGUUGAUUAAUCACAUUUUUUAAAUUAUAAGAGACUGCUGGACAUGGUGGCUCACUCCUGUAAUCCCAGCACUUCAGGAGACCCAAGUGAGAGGAUUGCUUGAGCCCAAAAGUUCAAGACCAGCCUGGGCAACAUGGCAAAACCUCACCUCUACAAAAAAUCUAAAAAUUAGCCAGGUGUGGUGGUGUACACCUAUAAUCCCAGCUACUUGGGAGGCUGUGUGGGAGGAUUCCUUGAGCCCAGGAGACUGAGGCUGCAGUGAACCAUGAUAGUGCCACUGCACUCCAGCCUGGGUUUACAGCAAGACCCUGUCUCAAAAAAAAGUGUAAGACAGUUACCAGGUUUAUUAUAAAAAAUUCAUGGGACCUGGUUUUAUUUGCAAGAGCCACUGACUCUCAGGACAAACAAGAUUUGAAGCCCACACUGAGCUAUAGGUGGAGGCAGGGCUGUGAGAAUACAAUACAGGAUGCCCAGUUAAAUUUAAAUUUCAGGUAAGCAAUAAUAUUUUUUGUAUAAUUGUAUUCCAAAUAUUAUUAUUAUUUAUCUGAAAUUCAGAUUUAAUGGGCAUCAGGUGUUUUGUUCAAUCUGUUCACUCCAUUUGGGGUAUAAAUUGAUCUAGUUGUUAAACUGGUAACAGGGAACACUGACACAUAUUCAAUACAUAUGAAAGACGAUACCAGUUAAGAGAAGAAGAAGGAGAUUAGCAAUGAAGAGGGAAAGCGAGAGAAAUACCAGGAAGAAAAGGAGAUGGGCAUAGCGAAGGAGAAAAAGUUCCAAAUGAAAGAGAAACAGGAAGUGCUGAGGAGAGAGAAGAAAACAGGAAUGUUUCUGAAGGACCAAAAAUGUUUGAUAAAUUAUGACUGUUACACAGAGAGCCAUCUCCCUGGGAAAUGCUGUUGAGUUGGCUAACCACUGUUCCUGGAUCUGCAGCUCUUUGUUCUGUCUGGUAAAACACACAGUGACCACUAGGGAGAAAUGACUCUCUAAGCCACAGUACCAUUAUCUGGAUCACUAUUACCCCAGGCUCAGGUUGUUAAAUAAAAUUUAUAGGAGGCCAUUGCUUUGGACAGAGUCCUUCCGCUGUGCUCCAACAGACCAAAGCAAACCAGAAUAGUGUCACUUGUGCUACCUGACAUGUGCUCAAACUGAACUUUAAAACGGGCCAGUUUUCCAAAAAUCAGGAGAUUUACAGCAACCAACUGAAAGUGAAGUGGUGUCAUUCGUCUGGGGUGAUACCUGAGGUUCACUGCCUCAUGCCAAAGAAAUCGAGGACGCAGACACACACAGAGUGAGUUUAACAGGUGAAAGAAAGAGAACAGGUCUCUCUCCUGCAGAGAGGGGGAUUCUCGAGUAGGUCUUCCGGUUCCAUGGUGAAAUGCACAGGGUUUUAUAGAUGAUCUUGAGGAGGCAGUGUCUGAUUUACAUAGGGCCCAAAGGUUGGUUGGACCAGGUGUGUCAUUUACAUAACGUGCGAAGAAGAUGGCUACCCCACCCUAAUCUUUUAUUAUGCAGAUAUGUGCCAUAUUGCCUGUUUCUUUACUGUACACGUGGUGACAAAGAAAAGGGAAGAUGGAGCCUCCAUGCUGAACAUGCCUGGUCCCCGGGUAGCCUUUUCCUAUUGGCAUAGCUGCCAGCAUUCAUCCAUGCAAGCUUCCAAUUUGCUUAUCUAUGUUUGCAGCUCAAAUUUUCAGGCCAUUCUUUGUUAGAAAAGAAAUGAUUCGGGGGCUGCUUUUUAUUAAAAGGGUAACCUUGCUAAGGACUCUCUUACCCUCACUAACUGCCUAAUUUCUUUCUAGCUCCUGUAUCAAAAGGGUCCCCAUCCACCUGCACAGGCAUGAGAGGGAAGUCCCCUGUGUAUAAACCCUUUAAGGAAAGUAACUUUGAAAUGACCAAGCCGCUUCAUGUUUCUUGAUCUUGCUAUCCCCAGGCUUUUCUGCCCAUCCAUCUGCUCGGUUCUUCAAAGCACCUUUUCUAUUUUAUAGAUAAGAUGCUGCCUGAUUCACAAAUUGAUAAUAAAAACCAACUGGACCUUUAAA